AUGGGGAACUACGUAGCGGCUAAUGCUGCAACCAAAUCUUCAGACGAAUCUCGCCUUGUAACUCGUUAUGAUGUGGAAAACUCUAAUGCUGUUUCAUCCAGUACCGCAACAAUUGACAAUGAGCACCUCCGCAUAGCCAUUCAGUCACUGGACACUCUGAUUAGUAAAGUUGUGGCAGAGAAAACAAUACAAUAUCAACAACAACAAAAACAACAUCAGCAGUUAUCAUUAUCAUCAACUUCAAUUCAAAACAAAAAAGAAGAAAGCGAUGACUUAAAAGUCAAUACCAGUGAAAAUUCAACUAAACAAGUAUCUAUUGUAAAUGCUGAAUUGGUGACCGCUUUGGCAGCCAGUUUGGCUAACGCUCUGGCAAAUCAAUCCGGACAACUCAAUUCACUAGUAGACAAACCACCUCAAAGGCAAUCAGCCCGUCGACUUUCAGCAGUUUCCUCAUCUCCACUGUACAGGUGUCCCAUGGAAAACAACAACUGCACCGGCAGUCGUCAGCAGCUAGAGACUGGUGCGAGUAGUUUAUCAGAUACUCUCGCCCCCUCGUUAUCAUCCUCAUCAAAAGUCAACUACAAAAACCUCUUUCCAAGAACCUCAACAUCGCCAUCAGCUGCUGCUGCGUUUGAUAAUUCAAUGGUCGAUGUGAAUUCACUCUUUCAGGAAAACGUCGGUGGACUGUUUGGACAAAUGCUGCAACAGACUACGCAAGCCACUGCUGAGAAUCGGCGUAUGAGUAAUGCCCUGAUUGAAAACAUGACCAAUUCAGUGAUUGGAAAUGGAAACAACAACAGCAAUAGCAGCAACAGCAACAGUCCACUGGACACUGUUCGCAUUAACUUGCCGGAGAUUUUGGAUGCUCAGGAUGAGAUCACCUUGUUGAGACUACUGAUCAAGCUGCUCAGUGGCAAGGUGACCAAAUUGACGGAGGAAAAACGCCGACUACUAUCAAGUAUUUCUUACUUGGGAGAAAUUAAUUCAGAGAUGGCCAUGCUUCUUGAGCGUGGCAUUCAAAAGUGA